GACCAUUUCCAACUGAACCGUCGGCGACAGAGGUUCGUUUGGCUCCGAAAUAAUCGGUUUUAUUUUUUUGUGGCAGCUGAAACUGAGGAGCAGAUAUGGCAGCAGCUGUUGAUGAAGUGCGCGAUGGCCUCAUGGAGGAUUGGAAUAUCCUGGAGAACGUAUUCAAGCUGCUCCAAAGGGAAGACACCUUUUGUGCGGAUCCGCAGCAAUGGGAUAAGCAUAAGAUAGUUCCGUUUUUGCAACCAGACAAGCUGAAGGAACUGAUUAAUUUAAAAGUCCGAGAGACUGAGAAAUGCACGCUGGCCGAGAUCGAGGCGCUGUGUCAGCAGGUGAUACAUUACUCCGUGAAAACAUCGCACGGGCGAUUCCACAAUCAGCUCUUCGGGCAACUCGAUCCCUUUGGAUUGGCGGGAGCAGUUAUCACCGAGGCCAUGAACGGAAGCUCCUACACCUAUGAAAUCGCACCUGUAUUCAGUCUGAUUGAGACCGAAAUAAUCUCGACCAUUUGCAAACUGGCUGGCUACAAGGAAGGAGAUGGCAUUUUCGCUCCUGGUGGCUCCACCUCCAACAUGUAUGGCAUUGUCCUGGCUCGCUACAAGAUCGCUCCCGAGGUGAAAACCUCUGGAAUGUUUGGGAUGCAGCCCUUGGUUCUCUUUACGUCGGAUCAAUCCCACUAUAGUUUUAUGAAGGCCGCCAACUGGCUCGGAUUGGGAAGUGACAACUGUGUAUCGGUAAAAACUAACAGACUCGGUCAGAUGCAAAUGGAUGAUCUGGAGGCGAAGAUCCUAGAGGCGAAAGCCCGUGGUGGUCAGCCCUUCUUUGUGAACUGCACCGCGGGAACCACAGUGCUGGGUGCAUUUGAUGACAUCAAUGGAGCUGCCGAUGUGGCGGAGCGCCAUGGAUUGUGGCUCCAUGUGGACGCGUGCCUGGGUGGAGCUUCACUGUUGUCCCAUAAAAACAGAUCCCUAAUCGGCGGCCUAGAACGGGCCAACUCCUUCGCCUGGAAUCCGCAUAAGACCCUCGGUGCUCCGAUGCAGUGCUCUCUAUUUUUAACACGAGAAUCUGGACGUCUGCUGGAGAGAUGUAACAGCACCGAGGCGCACUAUCUGUUCCAGCAAGACAAGUUUUACGACGUCUCCUACGACACCGGCAACAAGAGCGUUCAGUGCGGCAGAAAGAUCGAUGCCUUUAAGUUCUGGCUGAUGCUAAAAGCGCGCGGAUAUGGAAAGUACGGACUCCUGGUGGAUCAUGCCAUCGAGAUGUCCAGGUUACUGGAGGAUAAACUUCGUCAGCGCAGUGAUCGCUUCAGAUUAGUACUCCAGAAGCACGAGUACUCAAAUGUUUGCUUUUGGUUCAUACCAAAGGUAAUGAGGGUGUCCUCGAAGGAGGAGACUCCCGAAUGGUGGGAGCGUCUAUACACGGUUGCUCCUAAGAUCAAGGAGCAGAUGACCCACAACGGCACUUUGAUGAUAGGUUACUCGCCUCUCAAGGCUCACGAUCUGGGCAAUUUCUUUCGCAUGGUUAUGACAUGCUUCCCCAUUCUUAAAAGCGAAGAGCUAGAUUUCAUUUUGGAUGAGAUUGAACGCUUGGGAGAGAAUAUUGUCAUUUAAUUGGCAAACACUUUAUUGCUUGAAAUAAUAUUAAUAAUAAA